AGGAGGAGGAGGAAGAGACGCACCUUCCCGCUGCGUCGGAGGCAGAGACUGUCGCCGGACUAACCUAUAGAAGGAACACAGGGACAGAAGGAGGAGGAGGAGGAGGAGGAGGAGGAGGAGGAGGAGGAGGAGGGGGAGGAGAAAGAGCGCGGCGGCUAUGGCGGCAGCAGGGAGUCGCUCAAGGGGGGCAGACUACGACUAUCUCAUCAAGCUUUUACUUAUUGAUCCGUACAAUCGAGCUGGACGGCAAACGAAUUAAGCUACAGAUUUGGGACACGGCUGGCCAAGAACGGUUCCGUACGAUUACCACCGCUUAUUAUCGGGGAGCCAUGGGAAUCUUGCUCGUGUACGACGUUUCAGAUGAGUCUUCUUUCGACAAUAUCCGGAACUGGAUGAGGAAUAUCGAGCAACACGCGGCGGAAACGGUUAACACGAUCCUAGUGGGGAACAAGGCGGACAUUGAUGACAGCAAGCGGAGGGUAUCGACAGCGAGAGGGCAAGCUCUGGCUGACGAGUUUGGAAUAAAGUUCUAUGAAACUUCGGCGAAGACUAGCAUGAACGUGGAGAACGUGUUUUUCGCGCUAGCGAAGGACAUCAAAGAUAGAUUAGCGGAGUCGGUGGAGGCGGCGAGGCAGAGCGGGGAGCAAAGCGCGGCGGUGGGGGGGGGAGGCGCGGGGGGCGGAAUCAGGAUCAACCCCCAGGGGUCCGGAGAGGGGGGCAGUAGCCUGGGGGGAGGGCUCGGAAAAUCGAAUUGUUGUUCUUGAUUAGCAAAACCACAAUCAGGCAUUCGAUCAAACCAAUCAAUCCAAUCAAUCCAAUCAAUCAAUCCAAUCAAUCCAAUCAAUCCAAUCAAACCAACCACUCAGUCAGUCAGUCAGUCAGUCAAUCAAUUAAUCAUUCAAUUAGAUGGGGGAAAUGGAUCGGGUGAAGGAGGGAGGUAGGGGGAGUGAUAUCUUAGAGACGUCAUCGUAUAUACCAGCAGUUCAGGAGGGAGAGAGAGGGCAGGGAUGCGUGGGUGAUGGUGGUGGUCGAUUGUCGGGACAAGUCUGAGGGAAUUAUUUGGGAGGUGAGAGAUAAACAGGAGAAGGGUGGUUGACAGGACGGCAUGUGUGUGUGUUUGUGUGUGUGUGUGUGUGUGUGUGUGUGUGUGAGAGAGAGAGAGAGAGAGAGAGAGAGAGAGAGAGAGAGAGAGAGAGAGAGA